AUGCAAAGGUGCUUACUUCAGCUCAGGAUGAGUAAAGAAAUGGAGGAGCUUUCUCCCCUUGUCGAUUCGGGACACGGUGAUGGGUCUGAGGAAGAAACAGAGGAGGAUGACGAGCCCAAAAUCUGUCAAGUAUGUGGAGACAAAUCCACAGGAUACCACUUUAAUGCCAAGACCUGUGAGGGCUGCAAAGGCUUCUUCAGGCGUGCCAUGAAGCGGCCCGCACAGCUCUGCUGCCCGUUUCAGAACACCUGUGUCAUCACUAAGACCAACAGGAGACAGUGCCAGUCCUGCCGACUCCAGAAAUGCUUCUCAGUCGGCAUGAAGAGGGAAUUGAUCAUGUCGGAUGAUGCUGUGGAGAAGCGGAGGAUGCAGAUCAGGAGGAAGAAGAUGCAGGAGGAGCCUGUAACGCUCUCCCCUCAACAGGAAGCUGUCAUACAGGAGCUGCUCACCGCACAUCAAAAGACCUUCGACAUGACUUGUGCCCACUUCAUUCAGUUCCGGCCUUUAGAUCGGGAUCAGAAAUCCAUGUCUGAGUGUGGUCGAGAGCCAAACAGCAGCAGGUUCACUUACGCAACCAUGCACAAACCGUCGCCUGAAGAUGCAAUGCAGCAGACCAUCAGCUUUGUCUCCCCCUCGUUCCCUUCCUUCAGCUUUCAGAGUCCUGAAAAUAAAGAGAAGAAUCAACAUAAAAGUGCCAUCUUCACCUCUCUGCCACAUUUUACAGACCUCACCACAUACAUGAUCAAGAAUGUAAUCAACUUCAGCAAGACGCUUACAAUGUUUAGGGCUCUAAUCAUAGACGACCAGAUCUCGCUGCUGAAAGGCGCCACCUUUGAGAUCAUUCUGAUCCACUUCAACAUGUUCUUUAAUGAGGUGACGGGCAUCUGGGAGUGCGGCCCGCAGCAGUACUGCCUGGAUGACGCCAUGCGAGCUGGUUUCCAGCGUCAUCUGCUGGACCCUAUGAUGAACUUCCAUUACACACUGCGCAAGAUGCACUUGCGUGAAGAGGAGUAUGUGCUGAUGCAGGCCAUCUCGCUCUUCUCACCAGAUCGCCCCGGUGUGAAACAUCACAGCGUGAUCGACCGCAACCAGGAAACACUAGCUCUCACCCUGAAGACCUACAUUGAGGCCAAGAGGACCGAGCCAGAGAAACGUCUGCUGUUCCCAAAGAUCAUGGCGUGCCUGACUGAGAUGAGGAGUAUGAAUGAAGAGUAUACGAAACAAGUGCUGAAAAUCCAGGACAUCCAGCCUGAAGUGUCUCCGCUUUUACUGGAAAUAAUAAGCAAAGACAGCUAAGCCUUCACAGAGCAGAUGACUCAACUAACUGGCCUUGAACUCCUGAACUGGCUAUCACCAGCCACGUUUGACCUUCAUCUGAGGACACUAAGGACUGAAAUAUAGUCAAAACUAGCGAGGACAAGGACGGUGCCUACUGAUAAUGAACUACUGAACUGCAGCACACUGCAAUUGUGAACCUGUCGUUUUAUAGCUGUGUUACUACAUGUAAUUGUGUUUGAGUUUAUCUCCCGGGUAAUCUUUUUCUGGAUCUUUUCAUGAAAGAACUAUUUCUAUGGUUCAUAACCAGAUGUAGGAUGGCACAUAAUAUCUCUUACAUUUACAGCAUGAAUGAAGCUUGAAAUGUGAUGCAGUAAGAGCAAGUUAUUAUGGCAGCAUCACAAAUGUAUAAAACAACAAUAUGAUACUAUACUAGUCAUUUGUGUUAAUAGUCUGCCUUGACGAAUCUGUUUAUUUAUUAUUCAUUUUUAAAUGCAAAAUAGUGGUUAACCGCUUCAAGGUAUGUUGUGUUCAAAUGAUUUAAUAUCAAUGCCAGUGUCAGAUGUGAGUAGCUAUAUUUGAUUCAAACAUUUUCCAGAUUAGAAUGUAAAUGGAGUUAUUAAUCUCAUAAAGAACAUGUUCAGGUCUUAAUUUACUCUACAUAUUGAAAAAAAAUAUA